GGAAGUACAAGUGCAGUGUCUGCUGCAAAGCUUUCACCUGUUCGUCACACAUGAGAAGUCACGAAAAGCUUCACUCUGGUGAAAAACCCCACAGGUGUGAUAUCUGUGGGUCAAAGUUCACCAAACGGUCCUCCCUUAAAAAGCACCUGAAAAGAACCCACAGCGUGCAGAAUACUCCAUCGUGCCUUGGACAAAGUCCAGUGGUGCAGAUACUCGAG